UAUGGCCUAAUCCAAAAAAUGCAAGUGGAUGUUUUUCAAAGUAUCAUACAUGGGUAUUAGUUUUUAUGAUAUCUCUCUUCGUCUGUAUUCCACAAAAUAUCAAGUUGUUUAUGACAUGGGGAGAUAUAGACAAAACCGCCAAAAUUCUUUCUCUAACAGAUAUAUCUACAACGCUUGUCACCUUUAAGAUGAUUCAUCUGUGGGAUGCCAAAAAAAAACUGAAGCCUUUAAUCUUUCACAUUCGACAAGAUUGGACAAAUUCUAAACCAGAAAACGAACGGAAGUUAAUGACACAUUUUGCCCGAAAAUGUCGAAACGUUUCUCUGCUUUACGUGUUUCUAUCCCAGUCAACCUUUGUCUUUUACACAGCGCAACAAAUUUUUGUGGCAAUAAUGGAAGGAAAAACUAACUUAACUAAUGUCACGAGAGAAACAUAUGUGGUGUCUUACUUUCCUUACGACCUCAAUAAAAGUCCCAAUUUUCAACUUUCAUGGUUGAUGCAGUGUAUCAGUAUUGCAUUUGGAAAUAUCGCUUUUGCCACAAUUGAUAGCUUUUUUGCCAUUCUUGUUUUACAUAUUUGUGGCCAAUUGAGAGUUUUGCGACAACGUGUGUUAAAAUGUGUUGAAGAACCUAGCGGAGAAUUUCGAAAAUGGAAACUGCAAAAUAAAGUGUCUCUGAUUGUGCGGAGACAUGAUUAUCUGAACAACUGCAUUGAUAUUGUUGAGGAUACUUUCAAUAUGAUUUUUCUUGUUCAAUUAAGUGGAUUUAUUGUUACGUUUUGCGUACAGGGUUAUAUUCUAAUUUUGCCGCUCGUCGCUCUAAUAAGUGAAGAUUGGCGAAAUUCAAAAACAGAGAAAGAAAGGAUAAUAAUGUUGAACAUGGCUAGGACAGCUAGAAAAAUAUCAUUGAUUUGUGUUUUCUUGUCUCAGGGCACAGUUAUUUUUCACACUGCAGGUGAAAUGUACUUCACAAUUACUGACAGAUUUAAUGAAUAUGCUAAUCAAACUCGCCGUACAUACAUAAUUUCUCAUUUUCCUUACGACACUAAAAAUAGUCCUAAUUUUGAAUUGACAUGGUUCAGUCAAUUUUUGGCUACAAUUCUUGCUACUAUUACUUACGCUGGUGUUCACGGUUUUUUUGCUGUCCUUGUGAUGCAUCUUUGUGCACAAUUUGCUAUUUUGCGGUAUCGUUUAAUAGACGCUAUUCAUAAAAUUGUAACGAAAACUGAAAAGAAAGAAUUUCGGGACGAAUAUGCAGCCAUCAUUAGGAGACAUCAACUUUUGAACAGGUGUGUUGAGAUAAUCGAGGAUGCUUUUAAUAUGUUAUUCCUAGCAGAAAUUCUGACAUGUAGCAUUCAAUUUUGCCUUCAAGGAUAUCAACUUAGUAUUAUGACAGGAAACCAUGAAGAACCAUUACCAAUUGUUUUACUAAUAGUGAUGGUGACAUUUUUAAUGUAUAUGCUGGUACUAUUUUACAUUUACUGUUAUGUAGCUGAAGAACUUCGUUAUCAGAGCACUGAAAUUGUAUUUGCUGCAUAUAGUUGUGAAUGGUACGAAUUACCAUCAAAGGAAGCAAAUAAUUUAUUGUUAUUAAUGCAAAGAGCGAAAACACCAAGUACUUUAACAGCUGGAAAAUUUUGCAAUCUUUCCUUACAACUCUUCAAUAAGAUUCUAAAAACAUCAGCAGGUUAUUUGUCUGUAUUGUUAACCAUGACGAAUAAAGAAGAUAUCUAA